CAAACUUACCCUCAUUCCAAUUUUGACUCUCAAGAAGAAUGGCGAAAAAGGACAUUGAAGAAGGUUGUCGGACGCCAAGGCACACCGCCUCUCGGAUACCAGCGCCAACGGUAUGUCCUCCGGCUCCCAAGAAGAAGCCUGCGGCGGCAGUGCACACCAAACGGCAGAGGAUCCCACCUAAGUGCGGUUACUUCAAACCACCUGAUCUCGAACUCAUCUUCAGAAUGCUUCCUUCUUCAACUUCAACUGAACCUCUUCCUUAAAUUAGCUUAAUUACUUUCUCUAACUCUCUAUUACACUCUAUCCUUAGUUUUUGUUUUGUUUUGUUUUUCUCCUUUCUAGCUUCUAGGAUUAGCUCCUAAAUUAAUUUGUUUAUGUAGUGUAGAAUAGAAUAUCAUUACGGAUUAGGGAUUAGAAUUUAGGAGUGAUAUAUGUAUAUUACCUUACUGGAUUUUGUUUUCCCCCUUUUGUAUGUAUAUUUGGUUUACCCUAAAAUAGA